AUGUUUUCUUUAAGGGGAAAAUGUUCAGCAAAUGAUUGCGAGGGUGAAGCUUUCGUUUUUGUGUGUGGCGAGAUUAUUCCAGUGGGUGUGGCUUCGGAAUGUGAAGGAAAAUAUGCGAGGGAAACUUGUAGAUGGAAAAUGACUGGGGUCUGGGGAAAGUACCGCAUAUUAUGUCAAGUCGAUUAUCGACCUUGUCAAUCAUGUUUUGUGUUAUUAAGAAGCUCAAUUUAUGAAAGCAAGGUGGAGAACAUCAUUUCCAUUCACAUCAUAGGAUUGAAAUUAGAUAAAAAGGAAUUGAAAGAUUUCAAAUGUUCCGCUAAAUGGACAUUCACUGAAAAUUCAACUCCAUUAAUCAAUUGUAACAAAUCACUUCCAAUAAAAUGUUGUCGUUAUGUAUCGAAUCAGGUGUCACUUGCUGACACGUGA